UGCCCACAAUGAUAGUUCAGUCUUCGAUCUCCCUCGUUCGAUUGCUGUCACCAAGCUCCUCCUCCCCUGAGGGCUGUUCAAACCCACAUUCUCUUUUCCGGACUCAGAGAGAAACGGUUAAGGUGUGGAAACACAGGAAGGCAGAGAAAAAGUUUUUCUUUCACACUUUUGACUGAAAAGAAAGUAAAUGAAGCUGGAGAUUCUCUGCAGCUCGCUGUUGCUGCUGCUCAUCUUCAUGCCAAGUUGUUGUCAGGGAAGCAACAUCUUGGUCCUGCCAGUUGAAGGCAGCCACUGGAUUAACGUGGAUGUCAUACUUCACGCUCUGCACUCCAGAGGACAUGACAUCACAGUCCUGCGAUCCACCAAGUCCUGGUACGUCAAGGAGAACGCCACCCACUAUAAAACCAUCACUGUGAAAGUGGAGAAGGCCUUAGAUGAAACAAUGAUAAGCAAACUCAUUCAUGAUUUCAUCGCUUAUGACCGUGGAGCACUUCCUCUGCAGAGCUUCCUUUAUGUGACAGUGGCAGGUUUUGACAAGUUUCUUGAAGCUCAUUCUGCUAUUGCUGAGUUCAUCACAGCCGUCCUGGACGACCAGGAGUUGGUCCAGAAACUGAGAGACAGCAAAUUUGACUUGUUACUCACUGACCCCUGCUGGGGGGGAGGACCGGUUUUAGCCAAAUAUUUCAACCUUCCACUGGUUUAUAAUGUUCGCUGGAUAAUAGUGGGAGACAGUCACUUGGCUUUGGCACCGUCACCUAUUUCAUACAUUCCAAUGACUGGGUCGGGUCACACUGACAGGAUGACAUUCUUUCAAAGGGUCAAAAAUAUGUUAUGGUACGCUGUGAACAACAUCCAACUCAGCUUCCUGAUUCACAAAGUUUACCAGAAGCUGUGCGACAAGCAUCUUGGGCCGGGCCACGAUUACUACCAGCUCAUGAUGAGCGCAGAUAUCUGGCUGAUGAGGGCGGAUUUCGUGUUCGAGUAUCCUCGUCCAACGAUGCCUAAUGCUGUCUACAUGGGAGGCUUCCAGUGCAAACCCGCUCGGCCUCUGCCCCAACAUUUAGAGGAGUUUGUCCAGAGCUCUGGGGAACAUGGGGUCAUCCUCAUGUCUCUGGGAGCGUUUGUGAAGGAACUUCCUCAAGACUUGACGGAGGAGAUCGCCGCAGGUUUCGCCAAGCUACCUCAGAAGGUCAUCUGGAGGUUUCCAGGGAAAAAACCUGCAACUCUGGGCAACAACACGAUGACAGUGGAGUGGAUGCCUCAGAACGACCUUCUGGGACAUCCCAAGGUUAAACUGUUUGUUGCUCAUGGAGGAACCAAUGGGGUGCAGGAGGCCAUAUAUCAUGGCGUACCAGUGGUGGGCUUACCUUUGUUUUUCGAUCAAUAUGACAACCUGCUGCGGCUGGCUGACAGAGGAGGCGCCAAAAUCCUCAGCAUUAGAACUGUGGAUAAGGAUGACAACUUUGUCAACGCUGUUGAGGAAGUCCUGACUGAUCCGUCCUACAGAAGCAACAUGCAGAGACUCUCAAGGCUGCACCGAGAUCAGCCCAUGAAGCCUUUGGACACCGCUGUGUUCUGGAUCGAGUUUGUCAUCAGACACAAAGGAGCAGCUCACCUGAGAUCACAGUCCAUCAACCUACCGUGGUACACCUACCACAGUGUGGAUGUGCUGCUCUUCCUGGCUGCUGCUGCACUGCUGCUGCUCUCACUUCUUCUCUUCGCUCUCAAGUUCUUGUUCACCAGGAUCUGUCGACGUAAAGUCAAACGAGAAUAAGAAUCUACCUGGAUAAAUCAAGUGUUUUUUUAUUUUUUGCUUUUAAUAUUUUAUGUUCCAUGAAGAGCCUAAGUUGUGAGCUUCACAGGUUCGCUGGAUCUGAAGUGCUGGGCGCCAUAUUUCUAUCCAUCCUCCCAAAUUAUUAACAAUUUUCUGCCUUGUAAAAGAAAACAAAUUCCUGCCUCAUGUAAAAACUGAGGAAACUAACAGACACUGGAGUCCUCAGUGGAACAGAAGAGUGGACAUGAAGCUUUCCAAUGAUGGCCAAGUUAGAAGCUGGGUAAUGACAGUUAUCUUUAUCUUGAAUUCUUGGUUUGAAUUUUACUGAGUUCUAAUCAUGUGUCAGAUCUGUUUGACUGGGAUGAAGCUCAACUCUGUGUCGUAUCACUGGGUGCUCAGAGUGAUGAGAGCCUCAUGAGGACCUUGUUGCUGUCACUUCACCCGGAAACUCGCUGAUGAUCCACUUCCAGAGACGUUCUUCAACAAUGUAAAUAAAGGUCUGAUGUCACAGAUGACCUACUUGAGAAUAUAUUUCCAUGAGCAAAGGUUCAUAAAUUGGUCGGUUAAUUCUGAUUUGAAACAAAUAAAUGCGUUUCAACUCCAAAUAUGUUGUG